AUGGUUUCCGCCAGCGUCAACAAGACGAAUCUGCACCCUGCCGGCGUCCAGCCGCAGCGGGAGCAUACCGAGAUCGAAGAAGAGCUCCACGACAAAGCACACAUCGACUACGACCGAGUCGCCAUUGUCGCCAACCCCUCCGUCGCCGCCCUCUAUGAAGACGCCCUAGUCUACGAGACCGGCUCGGCCAUCACAUCUUCCGGUGCAUUGUCGGCAUAUUCGGGUGCGAAGACUGGCCGGUCACCCUCAGACAAGCGUAUUGUGAAGGAAGAGAGCUCAGAAAAUGACAUCUGGUGGGGCCCAGUCAACAAGCCGAUGACGCCCGAAGUCUGGAGAAUCAACCGAGAACGUGCCAUCGACUACCUGAACACGAGGAACCGCAUCUAUGUCGUCGACGGCUUCGCUGGCUGGGACGAGCGGUACAGGAUCCGGGUCCGAGUUGUCUGCGCCCGCGCCUACCACGCUCUCUUCAUGCGCAACAUGCUCAUCCGACCGACGAAGGCCGAGUUGGAGGGCUUCCACCCGGAUUACACCAUCUACAACGGCGGUGCGUUCCCGGCGAACAGAUACACCUCUGGUAUGACCUCUGCGACGUCAGUUGCCAUCAACUUCAAGGACCAGGAGAUGGUCAUCCUCGGAACCGAGUAUGCUGGCGAGAUGAAGAAAGGUGUCUUCACCGUUCUCUUCUACGAGAUGCCGGUCAAGCACAACGUUCUCACGCUCCACUCCUCCGCCAACGAGGGCCAGAACGGCGACGUCACUGUCUUCUUCGGUCUUUCGGGUACUGGCAAGACUACGCUCUCUGCCGACCCCAAGCGUGCUCUCAUCGGUGAUGACGAGCACUGCUGGAGCGACAAGGGCAUCUUCAACAUUGAGGGGGGCUGCUACGCCAAGACGAUUGGUCUGUCCGCGGAGAAGGAGCCCGAUAUCUUCGGUGCUAUCAAGUUCGGCUCGAUCCUGGAGAACGUCGUCUUCGACCCGGAGACCCGUAUUGUUGACUACGAUGAUGAUACUCUGACGGAGAACACCCGCUGCGCCUACCCCAUCGAGUACAUCGAGAACACGAAGAUUCCUUGCAUUAGCUCAAGCCACCCGAAGAACAUCAUCCUCUUGACCUGCGACGCUCGCGGUGUGCUUCCACCCAUCUCGAAACUCAGCACCGAGCAGACCAUGUACCAUUUCAUCUCCGGAUACACCUCCAAGAUGGCCGGUACCGAGCAGGGCGUGACAGAACCCACCGCUACCUUCUCAUCGUGCUUCGCUCAACCCUUCUUGGCCCUACACCCCAUGCGCUACGCGAAGAUGUUGGCGGAGAAGAUUGCAGAGCACGGGUCGAAUGCCUGGCUCCUCAACACCGGCUGGGUCGGAGCUGGUGCCACCACCGGCGGCAAGCGCUGCCCGCUCAAGUACACUCGCGCCAUCCUCGAUGCCAUCCACUCUGGCGAGCUCGCAAAGGCCGAGUACGAGACGUACGAGACCUUCAACCUCUCCGUGCCAAAGACCUGCCCCAACGUCCCCGACGAGCUGCUCAACCCCGCGAAAGCGUGGAACGGCACCACCGACUUCAAGGGCGAGGUCAAGAAGCUCGGCACGCUGUUCAUGGAUAACUUCAAGAAGUACGAGGAUCAAGCUACGACUGAGGUCAUCAAGGCCGGUCCGCAUGUGUGUUGCUGCCAAAAAGACUAG